UGAGUGAGCACUUCCGGCCGCCAUCCCUGCAGCGCUGACAUUUUGGGGGUGUUUCUUCCUUGCACUUUCUUGCCGUCAUGAAGGAUGUACCGGGCUUCUUACAGCAGAGUCAGAGCUCCGGGCCCGGGCAGGCUGCUGUGUGGCACCGUCUGGAGGAGCUCUACACAAAGAAGUUAUGGCAUCAACUGACACUUCAAGUCCUUGAUUUUGUACAGGACCCAUGCUUUGCCCAAGGAGAUGGUCUCAUUAAGCUUUAUGAAAACUUUAUCAGUGAAUUUGAACACAGGGUGAACCCUUUGUCACUGGUAGAAAUAAUUCUUCAUGUGGUUAGACAGAUGACUGAUCCCAAUGUGGCUCUUACUUUUCUGGAAAAGACUCGUGAGAAGGUGAAAAGCAGUGAUGAGGCAGUAAUCCUAUGUAAAACAGCAAUCGGAGCUCUAAAAUUAAACAUCGGGGAUCUACAGGUUACAAAGGAAACAAUCGAAGAUGUUGAAGAGAUGCUCCGCAACCUCCCUGGCGUGACAUCAGUUCAUAGUCGUUUCUAUGAUCUCUCCAGUAAAUACUAUCAAACAAUUGGGAACCAUGCUUCGUACUACAAAGAUGCCCUGCGGUUUCUGGGGUGUGUUGACAUCAAGGAUCUACCAGUUUCAGAGCAGCAGGAGAGAGCCUUCACACUGGGCCUUGCGGGACUUCUCGGCGAGGGAGUUUUUAACUUUGGAGAACUACUCAUGCACCCUGUGCUGGAGUCACUGCGGGGCACUGACCGGCAAUGGCUGAUUGACACCCUCUAUGCCUUCAAUAGUGGUGAUGUGGACAGGUUCCAGACUCUGAAGACUUCCUGGGGCCACCAGCCUGACUUAGCUGCCAAUGAAACCCAGCUUCUGCGGAAGAUUCAGUUAUUGUGUCUGAUGGAGAUGACUUUCACACGACCUGCAAACCACAGACAGCUCACUUUUGAAGAAAUUGCCAAAAGUGCCAAAAUCACAGUGAACGAGGUAGAGCUGCUGGUGAUGAAGGCACUCUCAGUGGGGCUGGUGAGAGGUAGCAUAGAUGAGGUCGACAAGCGAGUCCACAUGACCUGGGUGCAGCCUCGUGUGCUAGAUCUACAGCAGAUCAAGGGGAUGAAGGACCGCCUGGAGUUCUGGUGCACAGACGUGAAGAGCAUGGAGAUGCUGGUGGAGCACCAGGCCCAUGACAUCCUCACCUAGUGCCUGGUGCCUUGUAGCCCUGCCCCACCCAAGAGGCCUUUCUGUGGCCCAUGAAACUCUCAUCAGCAGAGAUCUGCAUUGGCUUGGGGAGUUGGACCCUUGUGGCAGUAGGGGCUGUUUUUGCUUUGAAAGCAGAACUGUUGUUGAUGGGGGCUGGAUACGGGCAAAAGGUUCCUUUAUGGAGUGUCUCAUAGCCUGUGGUGGCCUUGGGUAAUGAGGGAGGGUUAGAACAUGACCAGGAAGGAAUGUCCUCCACUCUGUAGAGGACACACCCUAAGGAGGGUCCUCAUCCACAUCUAUGUGUGUGGACAUCUUUUCUAAUGUGGUAUAAGGACGUUCCUAUAAUAAAUGCCUUUGCUUUGUCCUGUC